UUAUUUAUCUGCACCGAGAAAGACAUACUGGCUAUUCGAGUUCUUCAUACCAACGCGCACACACACACUUACUCUCUCUCAGCAAACAGUGAGAGUAAGAAAUGUGGCAAGUUGGGUUGUGUGUAGUAGCUGUGGUUACCAUAUUGAUAAGUCAGUGGCUUUACAAGUGGAGGAACCCAAAGUCCAAUGGCGUUCUGCCUCCAGGAUCUAUGGGUCUCCCAUUCAUUGGAGAGACACUUCAACUUCUUAUUCCCAACCACUCCUUAGAUCUCCAUCCCUUCAUUAAGAAGAGAAUUGAAAAGUAUGGGAGAGUGUUUUCAACAAACUUGGUGGGAAGGCCAAUGGUGAUAACAGCAGAUCCGAAGCUGAACAAUUACUUGUUUCAACAAGAAGGGAAGGAAGUAGAGCUGUGGUAUUUGGACACAUUCGAGAAGGUAUUCCGGCUAGAAGGUGAAGCCAGGCCUAACGCUGUUGGUCGCAUUCACAAGUAUCUCAGAGGCACCUUCUUGACUCUCUUUGGUGUUGACAGCCUCCGGACUAAGUUGCUUUCUGAAAUUGAAACCACCGUUCGCACUAACAUCCACCGCUGGUCUACCCAAGGAACCAUUGAUGCCAAAAAAGAAGCUGCUAAUAUGAUUGCAGUUUUUGCUGCAAAAAAUCUGUUUGGUCAUGAUUUUGAAAAGUCAUCUGAUGUUAUAACGGACACCAUUGCUGGAUUCGUGCAAGGUCUUAUGUCAUUUCCAUUGAACAUCCCUGGUACUAGAUUCUACAAAUGUAUGAAGGAUAAGGACAAGUUAGAAAAGGUAAUAAGAGCAAUGUUAAAGGAGAGAAUAGCUUGCCCAGAGGAAAAGAAAGGGGACUUCCUUGAUCGUGCGGUCAAAGACUUGAACACUGACUUCUUCUUGACAGAGAAUUUCAUCCUAUCGAUCAUCGUUGGAGCUUUGUUUGCUACCGUGGAGUCCAUAUCCACGGCCAUAGCACUGUCUUUUAAGUUAUUUGCAGAACACCCUUGGGUGGUGGAGGAUCUAGUGGCGGAGCAUGACAUUCUUCUAAAAAAUAGAGAGAAUAAGGAAUCUCCACUGACAUGGGAUGAAUAUAAAUCCAUGACUGUUACUAUGCAUGUUAUUAAUGAAGUGCUGAGAUUGGGAAAUGUUGCUCCUGGGAUACUAAGAAAAACACUGAAAGAUAUCAAUUAUAAUGGUUAUACAAUUCCAGCAGGUUGGGCCAUUAUGAUGGUCAAUUGUACUCUUCAACUAAAUCCCAACGUAUUUAAGGAUCCACUUGCAUUCAAUCCGAGACGUUGGAAGGACAUUGAUCCGCAAACCGCAUCAAAGAAUUUUAUGCCUUUUGGUGGAGGGAUAAGACAAUGCGCAGGUGCAGAGUUCUCCAAGGCAUUUUUUGCCACCUUCCUACAUGUUUUAGUCAGUGAAUACAAGUGGACAAAAAUUAAGGGAGGAGAUGUAGCCCGAACACCUAUGUUACAAUUUCAAGAUGGCAUGUAUAUCAAGGUCUCUAAGAAACAUGCAUGAUUAUGGAACACCACCAGUAUUCAAAUGCAGUACUUAUUUUUCUUAUUUGGUGUUUGUAGCCGUGUUUGUGUUAAAGUUUAUAAAAACUAUGAUGGCCAGCACUAAACUGGAGAGAACUUAUGUUUGUUUAUGUAUUAUUUAAAUAAGUUGAUUAAUGUCUUUGUCUUUUAUCCUUUAAAUAAAGAAAGAAUAUCUAGCUCUUCGUCCUU